GGGCUUGUUUGUCAACUUAGCUUUCUCUCUUUCCUUUUUGAACUUCCCAAAAGCCGCCUCCUGAAGAAGCUGCCAAUUGCCCACACCAAGCCUCCUGAAGCUGUCAAAACCCGCCUCCAACACCACUUUCAGUAGAAUCCCUUGCUGUUUUCUUCUUGUUUAUGUGCACACACAAACUUACAAAUCAUACAGUGGCAUUGGGAUAUAAACAUGGCCUUUCCUUCUGAAUCGAGAAUAUGCUGCAGGUGAAUUGAAAACAUCAAACAAACAAUCUACAAAGUUCCAUAAGUGGAGACUGGAGCAUGGUCAUGGAAGGCCAUGGCGAUCAUAUGAAGCUGAAGCCAUCAGUUAUUCUAACUGGAACAGCCAAGGAAGGUAGUUCUGGCCCUCCGAUUGGUCUUGUCGAUAUUGGCGUGAGUGAAGGUGCAUACCUUUUCCGCGUUGCAUUGCCUGGUGUACGGAAGGAUCGAAGUAAGGUAAAGUUUGAGAUCAAAAGCGAUGGUAGGGUUCACAUUGAAGGAGUGAUGACAGGUCCAGGCCUUUUGAAGGAUUCAUCAGCUAUGUAUCAGAUGAAAGUGCAGCAGCUGUGUCCUCCCGGAUCUUUUACGGUUUCUUUUAAACUGCCCGGACCAGUAGAUCCACGGUUGUCGUCUCCUAGUUUUCGGCCCGAUGGCAUUCUGGAAGUAGUGGUUAUGAAGUCCAGAGCACCUCCAACAGUGGCUGAUUCCCUUCCUCCGCCGUGAGUGUGAUGGAGGUAGGUACAUGGUUUUGCUGUCUCCUUAUGUUAGUUUUCUAUGAA